AUAUUAAGUCUAUAAUCUAUGGUGCAAUCCAUAGAAGAUUACAAUCUAUGAAUACAACAUAAACACGUUAGGAAAUUACAAAUAAAUUUAUUAAUUUAUUAAAUUGAUUCAUAAUAUUUAUAAGUAUAUUAUUUAUGUAACCAAAUUCUGAAGAUAUAAAAUCAAGAAGUUACUUAUACUUAUUCAAUAAAUAUCUGAGAUUAUAUCGAGAACUUCGAAAUAAUGAAUGAAUUCUUGGAAAUAGAUGGGAGCAUUUUGGAAGGGGGUGGUCAAGUACUCAGGAAUUCAAUAUCAUUAAGUGCAAUUCUCGGAAUACCUGUGCGUAUUUUAAAUAUACGAGCUAACAGGAGCAAGCCAGGAUUGGCACCCCAACAUUUAAAAGGUGUAGAGCUAGUAGCAGAAAUGUGUCAAGCCAAACUCAAUGGUGCUCAUAUUCGGUCAACACAAUUGGAGUUCAAACCUGGAAAGAUUCGUGGAGGACAUUAUGUUGCUGAUACACGCACAGCAGGUUCAAUCAGUCUUUUACUCCAAGUGGCGCUACCCUGUGCAGUAAUGGCGGACGGCCCCGUCACUCUGGAACUGAAGGGUGGCACCAAUGCAGAGAUGGCCCCGCAGAUUGACUACAUGACCGAGGUCUUUAAGCAUGCAGUCAAACAUUUUGGUGUGGAUUUUAAUCUAACCAUACAUAGAAGAGGGUAUUUCCCGAAGGGUGGUGGUCACGUGACGGUGGAGGUGUCGCCCCUACGGCACGUGCAGGCCGCCGACGUGACGCGGGGGGGCGAAGUCGCCGCUGUGUACGGCUGGAGCUAUGUAGCUGGCUGUCUGCCUAUUAAAAUGGCUUACUCAAUGGCGGAUGGUGCUAAGGAGAAACUCCGCGGGAUCUGCAAGAACAUUCACAUAGAGUGUUACAAAGAGGAAACGCAGUUCGCUCCCGAAAACGCUAGCGGUAUCGUAUUGACGAGCAAGUUGUCCUCCGGCUACAUUCUGGGAGGAGAUGCUCUCGGCAAGAGAGGAGUGGAUGCUGUGGAGGUCGGGAGGACGGCGGGAGAGAUGCUCAGGGACGCUAUCAGAUCUGGUGCCUGCGUCGAUAGUUAUACUCAGGAUCAAUUGAUUGUGUACAUGGCGCUGGCGGACGGUCGGUCCAGGGUUCGAGUCGGUGAGAUCACGCUGCACACGAGAACCGCAAUACACUUCGCUGAACUCAUCGCUAAGGCGAAGUUUAGCAUACAGCCGGACGGGGAUCAGAAUGUGAUCGAGUGCGACGGCGCAGGAUACCACAAUAGGAACCUGCCCGUCUAGCCGCAGUGUGGAGGGAGCCUUAUACAGUACGAUAUCUUUAUAUGAGACCAGCAGACCCGAUAGACGUUGUCCCGCAUACACAAAGUAGCGUAAAAGUUAACCCAAAUUUGUAUGCAGUUGGAACAGCGCCCCUAGCGGCAAACGUAGGUAAACGUUUUUUUUUUUACUUUUGCUGGUUAUUCUGGUCAUUUUAUUAAGCUUAAUUAGCAUAAAUUAUUAUAUUGUCGUCGGUCCUCGUUCUGUGUGCAAAUUUUCAAGUUUAUCAGAUGUAUUGAAGUUGGGGAAAAUCACAUUGAUAGAUUUCAUUACGUCAAUAAAUCAGUGUGCUUAGUGCGAGUUUCUUAACGUUCUCGAUAGCGUAAAAGUUACCCAAUUUUGUAUGCAGUUGAAACAGCGCCCCUAGCGGCAAACGUACGCAAACGAUCCCAUUCCAUACACAAAUAUGAGCUAACUUUUACGCUAUCGACAACGUUAAAAAACUCGCACUAAGCACACAGCUGGAACUGCUAAAAAUGUGCUAUCGAAUUUAAUUAUGUGCUUUACAACAUUAUAAUGAUAUAUCGGAAAAUAAUUGUAACACUAUGACAAUUCAUUAAGUAACUUGUAAUGUUAGUUACUGUUUGAAAUAAAAUAUUGUUGAGAAAA